AUGAAAGACAAGGAUGCUGCAAUUUUGUCAGAGAAGGGUAUUCCUGUUGUAUGGUAUGGGUCAGUGCCGAAAGAAACAACAAGAAGACCUGAUGAAUGUAGCUUUAGAGGUCUUACUGAGAUUAGUCUCUCCAAAGCCUUUCUUUUUGCGGUCACCCCCAGUUCCACCUGUGCUGUCUUUGGCCUUGAAGGAGUCGGCUUAUCGGUCAUCAUGGGCUGCAAGUCAGAUGGCGCCUCCAGGAUCAUUGGGAUCGACCUCAAUAAAGCCAAGUUUGAAAAGGCCCUGGUUGUAGGAGGCACAGAGUGCAUCAGCCCCAAGGACUCUGUCAAGCCCAUCAGUGAGGUGCUGUCAGAAAUGACAGGCAACAGCAUGGGCUAUACUUUUGAAGUUAUUGGGUGUCUUGAAACCAUGGUUGAUGCCCUUGCAUCCUGCCACAUGAACUAUGGGACCAGUGUGGUGGUGGGUGCGCCUCCUUUGGCCAAGAUGCUCAACUAUGACCCAAUGCUGCUCUUCACUGGAUGCACAUGGAAGGGGUGUGUCUUUGGAGGCUGGAAGAGCAGAGACGAUGUACCAAAACUAGUGGCUGAUUUCUUGGCAAAGAAAUUUGACCUGGACCAGUUGAUAACACACGUUUUACCUUUUAACAAAAUCAAUGAAGGGUUCGAACUGCUGUACUCAGGACAAAGGUCUGUGAAGUAUGCUGUUGGGAUUUUGAUUGGAACUGCUCUGAAUCUGAGUAACAGUUUGGAGAGUUUGGCCAUUUUGACAACAUUGACUCUGCCUAUCCAGAAGCAGGGACACCCUCUGUUUUUUGGUGUCCUCUUCAAUCUCCUGCUCAAGAAUGCCACAGUAUUUUUGUAG